AUGCUUUCCCGAAUCGACUUGACUCCCGCUUCCCGCCCGCUCUUGCUCCCUGACGAGACAUUGUUAUUCGUGCAGAACGCGGUCGGGAUUUACGAAGGGUGUGUUCCGCUUUGUUUUCCCCGGGCCCACCAUUACCCCGCACUGACCCAUUGGGAUAGGAAAUAUAAGAUUCCGAAUUACCAGAACGGUAGCGCGUACUUGACCUCGCAUCGGGCUUGCUAUGUCGAUAACGAAGAUCCGAGGAAGUUUUCGGUGGCGGUGGAGCUAAAGGAUGUUGAUCGGGUGGAGUGCUAUGUUUGUACCCUUCAUCCCAUGCACCUGUCUUGACGCUGGAAGCUGAGGGAAAGGUGUUGCGAUGUGCAGGCCGGGUUUUUGAAAUCCUCUCCGAAGAUCACAUUAUUUCUCAAGCCUCCUGCUACCGCCGCUGUCGCUGCUACCAACAACUUUACGCCCUCGCCGGGGAACAGGUCUGCGGUGUCAACACCCAAGCCCGCUACCCCGCUCAUCAGACCGACGUCCCCGCUACCGGCUUCGACUGGCGUCUGGAUAUGCCCUAUAUGUUCGUUCUCGAACCCCAUCCCGUCGAACUACAUCCCGCAGGUGACCCCCACAGGGUCCAUCCCCCCGUGUCUAGCCUGCGGGAUCAGGCCAUCUCCGGGGGUACUGGAGAGUUCGUCGCAGCAGCCUCCGCCGAGGUCGCCGACACCCUUGUCGUCACUGUCGCCACUGCAUACUGCUGGGAGCGGGCCAACCCCGAGCUCAUCUACUGCCACUGCUACCACUACCGCCACCGCCACGGGCGACAGCGACGAAGCCACGUUCGCCUGCCCAAGGUGCACGUUCUUGAAUCACCGCUGGCUGCGUUCCUGUGAGAUAUGCGGGGAGCACUUGAUUAGCCCGGACCUCCCCACGGAGCAGCUGCUAGAAGCCACGCGCGGGGAGUCGCCGGCUCCAACCUCGAUAGCACGUAAGGGCGGGCUUAUCGGGGAGAACGUGGAAGUGGUGAAGUUCUCAUUCCGCGCCGGCGGUGACAAAGUCUUCCACGAGCGGCUCAGGAAUGCCCUGAUACAGCGAAAGUGGCUACUGCAGAACGCUCCGCCGGUGCCCACGCCCGGACAGAGCGGCAAUGGUGGGGCGUCGAGUGGUGGCGGGGCUUCUGGCGCGACUAAUGCUGAUGGUGGCGCGGCUGCCGAGAGAGUAGUGGGCAUUGCAGGGCUCGAGCGCGCGGGCCGGAAUGUGCGCAGGAAGAACGAAGCCGCCAUCGGCGGAGCCUUUGAGGACCUGGAAGCGCUCAUGGGCCGGGCCAAAGAAAUGGUAGCCCUGGCAGAGGAGUUUUCCACACGCCUAAGCUCGACCCCGACAUUCGCCAACAACGAGGCUAAAGCCGUGCUGCGCAACUCCACCCAGGCCCUCGGCAUCGUGACGAAGGACAUGCUAACCUCCGCCACUGGCGGCGGCAGCAACAGCAGCGAUAAAGCCUCAGACCUCUACCUCUCCGAACUCGCGCGCCAGGUAGCGGAAUUCCUUGCCGACGACGCGCGCGGCAUACUCAAGCGCGAGGGCGGGGUAAUCACGCUCGUCGACCUGUGGGCCAUAUACAAUCGUGCCCGCGGCAUAGAACUCAUCUCGCCCAGCGACCUGGAGAAGGCCACCGGCCUAUUCGAGAAGUUGAAGCUCCCUGUGCGCGUUCGCAGGUUCCGGAGCGGGCUACUCGUCGUGCAGGAGGCUAGGAGCUCCGACGCCGAGACAGUCAGGAGGAUCAUGGAGUGGAUUUCUGGACCCGGGUGGGGUAGGGGUGUGACGGCGGCCCAGGCCGCGGAGAGGUUUGGGUGGAGCAUUGGCGUGGCAGCGGAGGAGUUGGAGAUGGCCGAGGAGAGGGGCGCGCUUUGCCGUGAGGUUGGGGUCGAGGGGGUGAGAUUUUGGAGGAAUUGGCUUGUGGAGGAGAGGAGGUGA